AUGACAACGAUUCUACCUCCUGCGGGAUUGAAGGUGAAGGAGGACUUUGGUGUCAGCCCGCUAGUCGCCGAGAAUGUGACGGACUUCAAAGAGUCGCCGGAAGAAGUGCUUCCAAUCGAACUUCGCUCUCACUACCUCAAUGGUGGCUUCAACCGAGGGACAAACCGCUGGCUCACGGUUUCAGCAUAUCUGGAGCCGGAGCAUCAGCUAGAUAUCGAGAGUGUCGACACACCCAACCGACUGCUGGCUCUGGCCUUGACCCAACUUCAGCCAGCGACUCCCGAAUAUGCAAAAGUCAGCUAUAAUGAGUCCUUGAACUGGCCGAAGAUCAUGUCGACUUUGAAAACCCUGGCCGCCACUGAGGGGUACAGAUGGACACGGCAAAGUUUCUACGUUGUGGAGUUCAGGUCCAGGUUAAAGCAGGACAUUGACGUGGACCUCCUGUUCAAGCUCGACAAGGAGUCUCAUAUCGAGGCUACACAAAGUGGUGGCUUACUAAAGUAUUGGUUUGGUGUGCCUGACGCAGAAAGGAGGAAUCUUGCAACCUGCCUCUGGCGAAGUAAGCAGGAUGCAAUCAACGGCGGUCUUGGACCAUGGCACAAGCAAGCUAGGGCAGUGAUUGCACAAAUGUACGAGCAAAUCGACGUUAAAGGCCUCCUCCUCACCGUUGAAGACGACGUCGAAGGCUGGAGCUUCGCCCCUUAUCAGUAG